UCUGCUCAGAAGCCACCCCUCCACACCUGACACCAUGACCCAUUCCUGCUGCUCCCCUUGCUGUCAACCUACUUGCUGCAGGACCACCUAUUGCAGGACCACCUGCUGCCAGCCCACCUGCUAUGAGCCCAGCUGCUGUCAGUCCUGCUGCCCCCCAACUUGCUGUCAAACUACCUGUUGCAGGACCACCUGCUGCAGACCUACUUGUGUGACCACCUGCUGUCAGCCCACCUGUGGUGGGUCCAGCUGCUGCCAGCCUUGCUGUCGCCCUGCCUGCUAUCAGACUAGUGAAAACACCUGCUGUAGGACCACCUGCUGCAGACCCACCUGUGUGACCACCUGCUGUCAGCCCACCUGCAGUGGGUCCAGCUGCUGCCAGGCUUGCUGUCACCCUGCCUGCUGUCAGACCACCUGCUGCAGGACCACCUGCCUCAAGCCUACUUGUGUGACCACCUGCUGCCAGCCCACCUGCUGUGAGCCCACCUGCUGCCAGCCCUCCUGCCCCCAAACUUGCCGUCAAACCACUGAAACCACCUGCUGCAAGCCUAUUUGUGUGACCACCUGCUGCCAGCCCACCUGCUGUGGAUCCAGCAGCUGUGGACAAACCUGCAGUGGGUCCAGGUGCUCUCAGCCUUGCUGCCAGCCAGCUUGCUGUGCACCCGUGUACUGCCAUAGAACCUGCUACCACCCCACAUGCUGCUGCCUGCCUGGGUGCCAAGACCAGAGCUGUGGAUCCAGCUGCUGCCAGCCUUGCAGCCGCCCUGUCUGCUGUCAGACCACCUGCUGCAGGACCACCUGCUGCAAACCUGCUUGUGUGACCACCUGCUGUCAGCCCACGUGCUGUGGGUCCAGCAGUUGUGGACAAACCUGCAGCAGAUCCAGCUGCUGCCAGCCUUGCUGCCACGCCAUCUGCUGUAGGACCACCUGCUGCCACCCCAGCUGUGUGUCCACCUGCUGCCAACCUUCCUGCUGCUGCUGAAAACCUCACCAAAGAACCACCAUCUCACAAAUCAACCUUGCUGUUCCUAGGACAAAUUCACUUCCAAAUGAUGCUGAAAGCCAGCAGUCUAUUACCACUUUUUUUUGUUAUUCAUCUACCUAUAUAAAAGCUUCUGAAUCAGCCUGAUGGAAUGUAGAGGACUUCACCCUGAUUCUCCCCUUCCUAUCUGUGUGGGUCAUGUGCCAACUUCCUGCAUCAUUAUAAUGGAGCAUCUUGACUUUGACUUUGAAAUCUAGAUCUUCACCUUCUUGGUACAUGUAUUUUAGGGAAAAAAUCCUCAAGACUUUUUUUUAGUUUCUAAUACUUAUCUUCAUAAUCAUGUAUCUUUUCAAUAUACCAAUUAUUUUUGCAUCUUACUUUCUUCUUUUCAUAAUCACUUUGAGUUGUCUCUCUAGGUUCAGGGAAUUUUACCUGGAUUUCUAAAUAAAUCUUGUGCCACUA